GAAACACUGAAACACCGCAAAUAAAAUUAAGCUCAGUGCAGUUUUUAAGACUGACAGCUGAGCUGCAGCUUGGAGUGUCUGCUUCUUGUGUCGACACUCCAUUUUGAUGCUUGUGGAAAGACGGCCCUCUCAGUCAACAUUCACUUGGCUCCUGGGUGUAACUGGAUAGCACUUGAUACACUGACCUUCAGAUCAUCCUUCCACCACCACCACCACCAACAGCAACAACAGACACAGAGACGCACAUGCACAUGCACAUGCACAUGUAAAUCCAUUAACCAAAAGUAUGAGGGACACGAAGAAACUAUUACAAGUGUACUGUUUGUUUUGAACUUAUUACGGUGAUUUGAAUAUCGGAUACACGUAGCACUGGAAGGGCAGACCUCUGCCAGGGUGUUUUGUUUCUGCGUUGAUGUUUGAGGUGGCUUUUAUGUUUUGUUGUAUGUUUAAUCAUGUCACACCAUUCACUUAAAUUACAAUGGGUUUGUGCAUGCGUGACAGAUUCAUUUCAUUUUGCCAUAGACACCUGUGUUGACCUAUCUCAAUGUCAACAAAGUGAAAAAUAAUUAGCGUCCACCCCGUGAUUUGGAUCCAAUCCAAAAUGUAAUCUGUUCUUCCUUGGCCCAUUCUUGCUUGGUUCUUCCAUCAAGUUUGAUGAAAAUCAGGCCAGCAAUGAAAACACAAGCUUAAGCUUAAGCAAGCGUAUUGGAUUUGUUUAAAAGAAAAUGCACUUAAACUGGAGGAAAUUAGGGUCCUCACAAGUCGGUCAUUUUAUUUUGUCUCUCAGCAACAACGUGCAUAUAUGUAAAACAUUCUUUAUAAUUUAUUAACUAGGAGGCAUAAAACACAACCAUGAUCUAAACUAGAUGUUACAUUAUAUGUCAUGAGCAGUAAUGUGCGUACUGCUCUUAGUUUCAGGGUUUCUGUAUCCAGGAAACAAUAAAGUCUUAACAUGUAGAUGUGACUCUUCCUCCCACUGUGUUUCCGAGAGAUAAUCAGCCCAUGUUUGUGUAAAAAAUGAGGACUAAUGUUGCUUUAUUUUUACUACUGCCAAAAAGCAGUUUAGCUGUUACUGGAGCUGGGCAGGAGCACAAAGAUUUUUUUUCUCUUAUCGCUGAAAGAAGUAUAUCUUAAAAAAACACUAUCAUACUGUUAUGAGACAUGUACAUAGUCAUACCCUAUGAGUGACAUUUUCUGUUUAUAUAUAUAUCCUGAUUCUGACCAUGUGAAAAGGAGCAGUUAAUAAUAGCCGCCAGCAUGUGAAUCGUCAGCCUUCACUGACAUUGAAACUGUAGUAUGCCACGAGUAUUGUUUUUAUGUGUCUGUUUGUGAAUGUGGAUUCCCUGAGUGUUAAGCUGCUUAGUCACCCAGGUGAGUGUGUUAGAGCCUUACAAAGCUGCACUUACUCUGACUGUGGUAUUUUGAAUUUGCAUAACAGUUUGGAGCCUGAACAACUGAAAGCAACUUUGCUCUUUGUGUGUUUCAUUUCACUCAACUAUGGCUGUGGUCUGAUGAAAGGAUAAAGAAGGCCAUUUCAUUGUAAUUGCGUUGCUAGGAAACAACUUGGGUGCAAUAUUAUAGGAACCAAGCUGGGAUGCAAUUUCUUCUUGUUGAGCUGUUGACAUUUGUAAACACUGCGACAGGAAAUAAAUCUGAAACCAUUUAUAUUACGUAUGUCGAAAGCUACUCAGAGGAUAAUAGCAAGCUUCACAAGCCCAAGGCUAUGUUCACGGAAGCACCAUGCUGACUAGUAUCACUGAAGGCAUACUGUGCUGUCUUACUGGGAAGGCUGCCAGUUUGGUUUUGCCCCUGGAGUCAUCAGAACCCUCCGAUGGUUUUGAGUUUGUGGAGGUGAAACCUGGCAGAGUCUUGCGAGUGCGGCAUAUCAUCCCAGAGCGUCAGCCCGUAGUUACGGAAGAGCAAGUUGCGGGCAAGGAGAAAAUGGAUGGUGACUGUGAUGAUGGCAGCUCUCCUGAGGAUUUUAAUAAUGAGAGCAGUACCGGCAGCAGCGUCCACUGCAAGAGGAAGAUCACUGUCUACCGCAAUGGCCAGCUGGUGAUUGAGAAUCUUGGUGAUGUUUUGCACUCUGAGAUUCUGCAGUGUCAAGAUGGGGAUUUGGAGCCUUGUAGCACUGUGGAGGUGGAGCUGGCUGACUACAAAGAAAUGCCCUCUUCUCCAGACCCCAACCCAGUUCCUCCUCCAGUUCCUCCAUCCCUUGGGGAGCAGAAACCUGCUCCACCACCACGCCGCCGCCGUCGCAAGCCUAAGCGCACUGUGGUUAUCGACUCAAAGAGGGUGAUCUCAAGCUGCAAAGGGACGCACUCGGACGUAGCGCUGUUCUUCGUGCAUGGUGUGGGAGGUUCUCUGGACAUUUGGAGCAGCCAGCUGGAUUUCUUCUCUCGGCUGGGCUAUGAGGUCAUCGCACCCGACCUGGCGGGACACGGAGCCAGCAAAACCCCACAGAUUGCAGCAGCUUAUACUUUUUAUGCGCUUGCAGAGGACCUUCGUGCCAUCUUUAAGCGAUAUGCUCGUAAACGCAACAUUCUCAUUGGCCACUCAUAUGGAGUGUCAUUUUGCACCUUCCUGGCCCACGAAUAUCCUGAUCUGGUCCAUAAGGUGGUGAUGAUCAAUGGAGGGGGUCCAACAGCUCUGGAGCCCAGCUUAUGCUCCAUCUUCCAGCUGCCAUCUUGUGUCCUGCACUGUCUGUCACCCUGUCUGGCCUGGAGCUUUCUCAAAGCUGGAUUUGCCCGUCAGGGCGCCAAAGAAAAGCAGCUGUUGAAGCAGGGCAAUGCCUUCAACGUGUCUCCGUUUGUCCUGCGAGCCAUGAUGAGUGGCCAGUACUGGCCAGAGGGGGAUGAGGUCUACCAUGCUGAGCUUACUGUGCCCAUCCUUCUGGUUCAUGGCAUGUGUGACAAGUUUGUGCCCAUGGAUGAGGACCAGCGCAUGGCAGAGAUCCUCCUGUUUGCAUUCCUGAAAGUCAUUGAGGAGGGAAGUCACAUGGUCAUGAUGGAGUGUCCUGAUACCGUCAACACUCUCCUCCAUGAGUUCUUUCUAUGGGAGCCUGACAUGUCCAGAAAAGACAUCAGCAAGACAGACACAGAAAAGACUGUUUCUCUCAGUGACACUCUCCACACACUGAAAAUCAAUAAGCCUGUGGACAAAUAACCAACAAGGAGUCUAGUCUUAUCACAGAACCAAGCAGAGGGCCUUUUUUGGCAUGUGUUCUUAAAGGCUGCUCCAAGGCUGAGAGCUGUUAUAAACAGGGCCACAUCUUAAGGAUGCGGACGGCCACUGGUGCUCAAAGAUAAAGUAGGACUUGGCAUCGUGCCAACCAGAAAA